AUGUCUUUUGCUUCAGUGUCGAGGUUUGGGUUCUUCGCAACUCUGUUGCUCGCAGUAGCUGAGCCGUUUGCUCAGGCACGUCGCAUACCAGAGCUCCAGUUAAGGUUCUUGAAUGGUUCAACACAAGUGAAACCUUCGUAUGAUUAUGUGAUCAUCGGAGCAGGAACGGCCGGUCUGGCAGUAGCAGAUUGUUUAACAGCGGAUGGGAAAACUACCGUCUUGGUCAUUGAAAAUGGUAAAGUAGUCGACCCUCCUAGAAUUACCCAGGGUUUCUCUGGUACUGCUGCCAUGGGCCCGACUUGGUCGUGCCAGAUCAACUCGGUCCCUCAAGUCAACCUACAGAACCGGAGCACAGCGGUUAUAGCUGGAAACCUAGUUGGCGGCAGCUCGGCGAUUAAUGCAAUGAUGACCGUUCGAGGGACAUCAGAAGACUACGACCGAUGGAGUAGUUUCUUCAGUAAUAGUUCUACUUGGUCUUGGAAUGGCCUCCUGCCUUACCUGAAGAAGGGUCUUACUUUUGUACCCCCUGACAGUGGUGCAGGUAGGGCAGGUGUUAAAAGGUCAUACGCUAGGACUGGACAUUACGAUGGGAUUAAUGGAACAAAUUAUGAUGUUGUUACCCAAUCUCAUGUGACGAAAAUUCUUCUUGAAGAGGGGUCCGCCACGGGAGUUGUUUUUCAACAAAAGAAUGGCAAUACUACCAUCCUCACCACAGUCAAGGCCAACGGUGAGGUUAUCAUUUCUGCGGGCGCAAUCCACUCUCCCCAACUAUUACGGCGCAGCAAGAUCAAGCCUCAGAAGCUUCUGGAGUCAGCCGGCCUAAAUACGACUGUUGACCUACCGGGCGUCGGCCAAAACUUCCAGGAUCAUCCAAUGCCUCUUAUGAGCAUUGUCCUCCGGAACUUUACGACUCACCCAAGCCCAUUGGAUAUGUUUGGUGGAAACAAGAAUGUCACUGACUGGGCACAGGAGCUGUGGAGAGCCAACAAGACGGCAUGGCUAGGCAUACCUCUACCCCCGGACACGGACCCAACAGUUGCUGCUGGAUAUAGCGCGCAAAUGAAGAAGAUGACGGCGUCAAUCCGUUCCUCAAACACGGCUUUCUACAACCACGUCCUAACUGGAGCCGGAUCCUCGGGCACAUUGGUAGAUUUGCAUCCACUCAGUCGCGGCACAGUGAACAUCGACACCACAGACCCAUUCAACACAGAACCUAUAGUUGACCACAGGGCCCUUACCAAUCCUGUCGAUCUCGACAUCAUGAUCGAGAUGCUCCGGUUCACCAAGCGGUAUUUCUUUUGGAAAAUACUAAAGGAGCUUUCCCCCAGGCAAGUACAACCACCCGAUUAUGUUAACGAGCCCGAAGAUCUGGCCGGCUUCUUGGCGCAGAACCUUAGUCCUUCCGAGUUUCAUCCCUCGGGCACUUGCGCUAUGAUGCCAAGAGAACUUGGAGGCGUGGUCGACGAGAGCCUGAAGGUGCACGGUGUGAAGAAUCUGAGGGUCGUCGAUGCUAGUAUCAUGCUAAGUGUCUAUGCCAUUGCUGAGAAGGCGGUCGACUUCAUCGAGGCUGAUUCGCAACUUGAGUGA